AUGGUGCGGGCUUCCUCCCGGGGCUUGAACAGCUUGCCUAGAGACCAUGCCGGCGACACAGGCCGCAGUCGAGGUGCUCAUGAUGAUGGCGGCACCGGCAACAACCUCCACGUCGCUGGAGCCGUAGGCGGCGACUGGGCCGGCGAUAGCGGGGACAGAGGCCCUUCUGCCGAUGUCGAUGACGUCCUUACCAGAGUACCUGAUGUUGACCAGAGCAAUGACGCCUUUUACGGUGCUUCCGCGCUCGAUGAUGAGCUGAACGAGUCCCAGCGGGAUGCGGUGUUCGCCGAGGUCGGGGCGGUGAGGGUGGUGGCGGGUCCUGGGUCGGGAAAGACGCGGGUGCUGACUCGAAGGAUAGCGCACUUGGUGCGCAACGUCGGCGCUCCAGCUUGGUCGAUCCUGGCGGUAACGUUCACAAAGAAGGCCUCGGAGGAGAUGAGGGCACGGGUGCGCAAGACCGUAGGGGAGGACGUGUCCGGCCAGGUGGCCCUCGGCACGUUCCACAGCAUCUGCGCGCGACUCCUUCGCCGCCACGGGGACGCGCUGCCGGCGGUUGUGCCAGGGCUCGACGGCAGGUUUUCCAUCUUCGACACGGAGGAUUCUCGCAGGCUGCUCACGGACAUCAUCAAGGAGAUGGGCCAAGACAUCAAGGAGGUAAAACCCAAUAUGAUGCGGUCGUCGAUCUCCAAGCUCAAGAGCCAGGGCUUGGGGCCCCAGGACAUCGCCAAGAAGAGCGAGGACAUGCUCGAGAGGGGCAAGAGCACGGGAUUCGUCGGGGGCAAGGCGAGGCACGCCAAGAUGGUGGCCGAGAUCUACACCAAGUACCAGGCGCGACUGAUCCAGAGCAACGCCCUCGACUUCGACGACAUCAUCCUGGUCGCCUUGCGCCUGCUGCGGCAGGACAAAGAGGUGUUCCGGUCCGUGGGGAGGCAGUACCGACACAUCCUGGUCGACGAGUGGCAGGACACCAACGGCCCGCAGUACGACAUCGUCCUGGAGAUCGUGCGCGCCGGCCGCGAGGCGCAGCAGGCCCGAGAGGACAACCGCCGCGCCGCGCAGGCCGCGCGGGAGGGGGGAUCCAGGGGAAUAGAACGGGGGGGGGAGGCAGGGGGCCCCGCGUACAGCAGUCCCGCGGGACUAGGUGACAGCGGUAGUCCUGCCUCCGGAGGGGCCGAGGCGGAAACGGCGAGCGCGAAAGUGGUGGGGGUGAGCGGGGAAGGUGCUGCGGGGGGGACGCGGCCGCAACCGGCGCCGCCGUCCAUCUUCGUGGUGGGGGACACGGACCAGUGCAUCUACAAGUUCCGCGGGGCGGACUACACGAACGUUGCCCGAUUCGUGGAGGACUUCAAGGCGUGCCGGACGGUGAUGCUCAGGGAGAACUACCGGUCGACGGCGAACAUCGCGCGCGCGGCGACGGCGGUGAUCGGGCAGGUGUCCGGCAGGGCGGGGCAGUCCACGAUAGCGACGACCGCGGUCCAGGGGGACGGCUUGCCGAUCGGCGUCAUGGUAUGCUCAGACGCCGCCGGAGAAGCCGAAGCGGUCGCUCACCACCUCGAGCUCUACUGGACGAGCGGAAGGGUACAGCCGUCGGAGAUGGCAGUCAUGUACCGCACUAACGCCCAAAGCCGCUCGUUCGAGGAGGCCUGUCUGAGAAAGGCCCUGCCUUUUGUGGUGGUGGGGGCUCAGCGGUUCUACGAGCGCCGAGAGGUGAAAGACUGCCUCGUCUAUCUGCGGCUGGCCGCCAACCCGCGCGACGCCCUCGCGAUGCGCCGCGCCAUCAACACUCCGACUCGGGGCAUCGGCGCCAAGACCGAGCAAGCCCUCGAGGCCCUCUCCAGGUCCGCGCGGAAGGUCGUCCCGGGCCUCACCCUGCCGGAGUGCCUCCUGUCCUUGCUGGAAGACGGACAGCUCGACGAGCUCGAGGGGGUGCUCGGGGCACCGUGGGAUGAAUCCGGGGCGCCGUCGUUUCCGCAGGAGGGGGCGUUUGGGGGCGGGGUGGGCACGUGGCCGGGGGAGAGCUACGACGACGCGUUCGGGGGGGACGCGGAAGAGAACGAGGACGGGUGGAGGGGGUUCUCGGUCCUGCGGGUGAGGGCCCUGAGGGAGGCGUUCUCGGAGAGGGGGGACGAGAUCGAGGGGCCGACGAAGGCCCAGGCGAACAAGCUCCGGGUGUUCGCGAGGCUGCUGUGCAGGCUGAGGGUGGCCUCGGCAACCCAGACCGUGCCAGAGCUGCUGAGGACCGUGCUGGAAGAAACGGGCAUGCGCAAGCACGUCACGGAGACCCUCUCGACGACGGGCCCGGCGGAGGGUGAGGACCGCUGGCAGAACGUCGUCGAGCUGGAGAGGGCGGCCUCCAACCCCAAGUUCUCCGGAACCGCAGGAGACGGCGCGCUCGUGGCCUUCCUCAACGAGGUCUCCCUGGUAGGAGGAGACGACCCCGAGCAGGCUCGAAAGCAGCGCGAGGAGGAAGAGGCCGCAGCCGCAGCGGGGGGGGGGAAUGGGGGACAAGCGUCCCCUGUCCCCGGGGUGAAGCCGCCUAUGAUUCAGUUGAUGACGGUGCACGCGUCGAAGGGGCUCGAGUUUGAUACCGUGUUCGUGGCCGGCUGCGAGGAGGGGACGUUUCCGAUGAAGGACACCACCGACGAUGAGAUGGACGAGGAGCGCAGACUCAUGUACGUCGGGAUGACGAGAGCGAAGGCGCGUCUGUUCCUCACCUGGCGGAGGAAACGCAUGGUCUUCGGCCAGAGCUGGGGCAAGCGGGACAAGACCGGCGCUCAGAUAAUGGACGCCGACCGAAGCCGCUUCCUCGACGACAUCCCGCGCAACAUCGUCCGCACCAUCGACAAGACCGGGGGCGGGGGCGGGGGCGUCGGCGCCGGUGCCGGAGCGGGAAGCAGGCGCGGAGCAUACGGCGGCGGCGGCGGCGGUCGAUCGCAAAGCUCUCAGCGCCGAAGCGAGUACGGCGCCUCUCCGGCAUACGGUGGUGGUGGUGGCGGCGGCGGCGGCGGUGGUGGUGGUGGAAGGCGAGGGACAGCAAGAGGGAGAAGUGGUGUGUCGGAGCCAGAGAGCGACCCGACCAUGGACUUCAUGACCGAGCUGUCCAACGACAUUUCGCGGCAAGCGACCGCACGAAGGUCCCCGGGCGGUUACGUGCCCGGCUACGGCAACAGCGGCCGAGGGGGGGGAGGGCGGCGUGCGGGGUACGGGGAAGGGCCCUCACCGGGAGGGGGGGGGGGGUCCUACGCGUCGGAGAGGAGCGGCGAUGCCCGUGUGUUCAUGGAACAGCGAAAGAGGGUGGAAAGCGCGAAGUAUCCCGUGCCGGCCUUGACGGACGGAGGGCGGCGAUUGGCCAGAGAGUCGGGGGAAGGGGUGGACACGUCGUGGGCGGCGAAGCUGGCGAAGGCCGCGCCUAAAACGCCGGGGCCCCCGCGGGGAGUUGUGGUCGGAGCACAGGUGACUCAUCCGAUCCAUGGUCCCGGGGAAGUGGUUGCCUUGGUCGAAGGCUCCGAGGGAGUGAACGUUCGCUUCAUCAGCCAGGGGCAGCCGUUCCUGACCAGAGUGCUUGGCUCGAAGCUCAAGCUAGUGAGGUAG